GAAUCUCGGUCGCGGUCGGGAAGUAGGAGACGCUGGAAGCAGCGCUUGAGCUCGAUUUGUAAAACGGACCGCGAAUUCAUCCUGGGCACACUGGAAUGGAAGAACCGAUAGAGACGGCUUAAAUUGUCUUCGGAAAGCUGAAAGAGCCUCAUCCUUUUCUGACAGCCGAAAGAGCUACUGCCUCAAUGGAGGACAAGAGGAAGAAAAGAAGUCCCAAAGUGUCUCUUCCCCAGCCCCCUCCUCCACCAAUCAACCCUCGAAAGCUCACCGUCCUCCCCGCGAGCAAGAGCGCCACAUUCUCUCUGGGCCUACCCCAGCCUCCCUCCCCCAAACCCAGGGGCAAAUACAAGAGAUCGGUGGGGGCAAUGGGUCCAUCCAAAGAAGCUCUUGCAGUUCCUGUGGUUCCCCCUAAAAACACAAGGCCUCAUAGAGAGAAGCCCAGAGCUCCUCAGCCUGCUGGUCCAAGCCGAGUGUCCCAGUCGUCCUCACCGCUCCAGCACACAUUUCUCACCGACGUCUCCGAUGUGAGAGAGAUGGAGGGAGGACUGCUCAACCUGCUCAAUGACUUUCACUCAGGAAAACUGCAGGCAUUUGGUAAAGUGUGUUCUUUCGAGCAACUAGAGCAUGUGAGGGAGAUGCAGGAACGUCUGGCUCGGUUGCAUUUCAGUCUGGACAGUCAUGUGGAAGAGCUGUCUGAAGACCAGAGGAAAAACGCUUCAGAUCGCAAUCUAGAACACCUGCUUUCUAACCUGGAAGAGUUAAGCACCUCAAUACAGAAACUACAUCUGGCAGAAAAUCAAGACUUACCCAAGACCUCCAACACCUGAAGCAGAAAAACAAACACUGUGCAAUCCAAAGCCCAAUUUAAUAUGGCUACAACUCAGCUGCGAGUUAACGAGCGCCGUCAUUGUGAUCUGUUUCUAAUGCAAUGCUACGCAGCAUCAAAGCACAUUCUCCAUAUGAGCGAAAUUCAGCUGCAAA